AGAAAGAAAAAAAAGAUGAUUUCGCAGAAAAAGAUAGCUUCGUCAAUGAUCUGUUUGCUUCUCUUUCUUCUUCUUCCAAUCGCGUUUUCUGAGCCGACAAGGAUAUUAGAUGGAAGAAGUGCAAGAGCUCCAACAGUGCAGCAGAUACGAAACAGACAUGGAACUAGAGAGGUGAUAGUGGACAAUGGGAUAAUCAGAGUCAGUUUCUCGAGUCCUCAAGGACUUAUAACUGGGAUCAAAUACAAAGGAAUCGAUAAUGUCCUUAAUCCGCACCUCCGAGCUCGAGGGUACUGGGACGUAACAUGGCAAGGAGAAAACAUUCGCCAGGGCUUGGAUAGAAUCGAAGGAACCAAGUUUAGAAUCAUAACUCAAAACGAAGAACAAGUGGAGAUUUCGUUCUCUAGAAGAUGGAACGGUGGUUCUCGUCAUAUUCCGUUAAACGUAGACAAGAGGUAUAUUAUACGUAAAAAUACUUCAGGAAUCUACACAUACGGAAUCUUCGAGAGACUCCCGGAGUGGCCAGAAGUCGAGAUGGGUCUAAUUCGAAUAGCAUUCAAAGUCAACCCUGAUAGAUUCCAUUACAUGGUGGUUGCCGAUAACCGGCAAAGAGAAAUGCCAACGGACGAUGACCGUGACAUCCAUCGUGGCCAUGCCAAGGCUCUUGCUUACAAAGAGGCUGUCCAAUUGACUCAUCCUCAUAACCAUCUGUUCGAAAACCAGGUGGAUGAUAAGUACCAGUACUCAUGUGAGAUAAAGGACAACAAGGUGCACGGUUGGAUCUCAACCAAGUCACACGUUGGUUUUUGGCUCAUCUCACCGAGCGACGAAUACCGCUCUGGUGGACCGAUCAAACAGGAGCUCACUUCUCACGUUGGUCCCACGACCCUCACGACCUUUAUAAGCGAGCAUUAUGUUGGUAAGGACAUGGAGACAAAUUACAGAGCUGGUGAAGCGUGGAAAAAGGUCUUGGGACCUGUUUUUAUUUACCUAAACUCUGAUUCUACCGGCAAUAAUCCUCGCAAGUCAUUAUGGGAAGAUGCUAAACGACAGACCAAAGAAGAAGUUGAAGCCUGGCCGUACGAUUUUGUAGCCUCCUCUGACUUCCCUUCUCGUCAAGAAAGAGGAAUCGUUACCGGUCGACUUUUAGUCAAUGACAGAUUCUUGACACCGGCACGAUCUGCAUACGUCGGUUUAGCACCACCGGGACAAGCUGGUUCAUGGCAGACAAAUACUAAGGGUUAUCAAUUUUGGACAAAGACGAACGAAACCGGCUAUUUCACGAUUGAUAACGUUAGACCGGGAGCUUACAAUCUGUACGGAUGGGUUCCCGGUUUUAUCGGAGACUUUAGAUACCAAAACCGUGUUAACGUAGCUGCAGGUUCAAAGAUUAGUCUCCAUAGCGUCGUGUUCGAGCCUCCUAGGAACGGUCCAACGUUGUGGGAGAUUGGUGUACCGGAUCGAACCGCACGAGAAUACUAUGUACCGGAACCUUACAAGAAUACAUUGAAUCCCUUAUACCUUAACCACACAGACAGGUUUAGGCAGUACGGAUUGUGGGAACGAUACACAGAGUUGUAUCCAAAUCAUGAUCUCGUCUACACAAUUGGUGUUAGUAACUAUACUCAAGACUGGUUCUACGCUCAUGUCACAAGAAAAAUUGAUGAUUCGACCUACGAACCAACGACAUGGCAGAUUAAGUUUCAUCUUCCAUACGUGAACUGGCGAGGAAGCUACACAUUGCAGCUAGCUUUAGCCUCGGCUUCACGGGCUAAUCUACAAGUGCGGUUCAAUAACGAAAACUCGAGGCCCUUCUUCUCAACAGGUAAUAUCGGAAGAGACAAUGCUAUAGCAAGACAUGGAAUCCAUGGAGCCUAUCGGCUUUAUAGCAUCAAUGUACCUGGAAGGUUACUAAGAACCGGGACCAACACGAUUUAUCUACGUCAGGCCAAAGCGAUGGGACCUUUUGAAGGUCUUAUGUAUGAUUACAUUCGUCUUGAAGGGCCUUCUAGAGAUUAGUUUCAUUCGUUAGUUAUUAUUUUGGUUUUUC